UUUAAUAAUUAAAGUUAUUAAUUGUAGUCAAAAGUUUUAUUUUAAAAAUUUAAGUACCAUGUUUCCAGAUUUUGUCAAAACAUUAUUAACCCUUUAUUUAUUAUGCAAUUGUUUUGAAUGGAGUUUUUCAAAGCCCGGGAAGAAUAUGGAUAAAGAAAUUGAAGACGAGACCAAUAAAUUGGUUACAAAAAGUUGCUGCCCUAUGGAGUUUGAAAUACUGGUGUUGACAAACCUGGAGGAGUGCUACGGGAUGACCCCGUGGCAAUUUGGUAAAGAUCCGAUAUUAACGUGUCGUAAGGAGAUAUUCAAGAAAGAACAUCCCUGUAAUGAGGAACGCAAAGGAAAGUGCAAUAAUUUAAAGGACCGGUGGUUAGACUGUAUUGACUCCAACACCGAGAAGGAAAAGAAAGGGUUGAAACCUAAGUACCAGAAGAAUGAAGAGUUGAUCAAAGAGUUGCCCAAAGACAAGAUGGUAAUAAUCACAUCACAUCUCUCU